AUGAGCUCGUCUACACAGAAGGUGCAGAACCUCUUACAGUGGAUAGAAGCUCAGGGUGGAUAUGUCCACCCUAGUGUGGUUCCAGAGCUUGACCCCUCGACUGGUCUAUCCGCCUUUGCUCAAGCCGACAUCGACAAGGAUGAGCGCCUCAUCUCGUGCCCUUUCAACCUCGCAGUCACACCCGAGCUCGCUGGCGAAGCCAUCUGCGCGAUCGAGUCAUUGAAGGAGGAUGAGCUAGUAUGGCUAGCGGGAACGAGCCGAGCUGGGGAGAAGUGGAAUGACCGUAUGCGGAUAGGGGCGUACAUCGGGCUUCACUGGGUCCGUACAGAUGAGGAGGGCGAAGAAUCGUUACCUUCCAGUCUACGGCAUUGGCCGUACAUCAACUCCCUCCCCCCUGCGCCGGAUCUGACCACCCCUCUUUACUUUACCGAGCCCGAGCUGGAUCUCCUGCGGGGAACCAACCUACACGGCGCGGUGAUGGAUAGAAAGGCGGAAUGGAAGGAAGAAUGGGCGGCUAUGAAUGCUGUAUUGAAGAAGGAUGGAUUGACCUGGGAUCGCUAUCUUCUGACUGCGACCUACCUCUCCUCCCGCGCCUUCCCUUCCAAACUCCUCCGACUGCCCGACACCGGCUCCUCCACCACCUCCGCCAUCCAGACCUCAGACGAGGAGGACUCCCAUCCCGUCCUCCUGCCCGGUGUUGACCUAUUCAAUCACGCUCGUGGCCAGCCUAUCGUCUGGCUUUCCUCCGAGACCCCAUCCACCUCACACGGCUCUACCAAGACCAUUUCCCUCGUCACGCCCGCAGCUCAUUCAAAAGGGGCGCAGCUAUUCAACAACUACGGACCAAAACCAAACGAGGAGCUCCUGCUGGGGUACGGGUUCGUCAUCGACGACAAUCCCGACGAUGUCGUCGCUCUCAAGCUUGGCUCCCAAAAAGCUAGCGGCACAGUCACAGAACGCCUGACCAAAGCCGAGCUGGACCCGACAAAGCGCUUCCUCCUUCGACGAGAUGGCAAGCUCGACCCCGAUCUCAUGAGCGUUCUCCGCAUCUUACUCUCACCGGAUUAUCCCGUGGAGGAAGAAGAGAUCGACUCGGAGGACGAGCACGCAUUGCAUGCGCAGGAGGAGAAGUCGAUGCAGCUCGAGCUGGAUGUCCUGGGGACUUUGGGGCAGAUGCUGGAUGAUAAGCUGGAGAAGCUGGAGCAAGCUUCGCCAGGUGAGGGGGAAGUAAGGGAUGAGGUACGGACGAUGGUAGAGGUGUAUCGAAAGGGACAGGUGGAGAUCGUCAGUACGGCGAUGGAGAAGAUCGAAGAGCGGAUAAGGCGGCUGGAGGGCUUGAUGGAUCAGGGGAUGGGCGGAUGUGCCUGUUGUACGUGA